AUGAAACCCGGACAGAUCAUGGUUCAGCCAAGGAUUGUCAAUGGAAACAGAGUGUCAGAUAGAAGAACCAGGCCAUACAUGGUCAGACUUCAAGAUCCCUCCACUACAAACCCUUUCUGCGCUGGAUCACUGGUUUCUGUCAGUUAUGUUUUGACUGCUGCACAUUGUACUGAUGGUGUUGCCCUGGAACGGCAUCCAAACACAGAGUUAGGUGACAGCGGAACGCCUGUAGUGAUGGUCAUCAAGGGAACUCCCGUGCAAAUCGGAGUACAUAAUUCUGGUACUUGCCUUCCCAACGAAUACCCCAUAGCUGGGUUCGGGGCUUGGGCAUCCUGGCCACUCCAAGUUCCCAUUGACGAACCAGUGAUUGUGGGUGGAACAACUGUGACUGACAGAAAAACACGACCUUACCUGGCAAGACUGGAGAAUCCGGCUUCACGGAGAGCUUUUUGCACAGGAUCACUAUCAAACGCCAUAAGACCUUCGGAUUGGGUUGAUUCCGGGGCCUUUGAAAUGUACGACAUGUCAUUUUUGCCACUUCCAAGAGCAGCCAUUUUGAACGACUAUGUUCAAAUUAUCCCGGUGUUCAUUGGGUUCUCUAGCAAUAAUUUCGAAGGUACAACUUUAACGCUUUCUGGAUGGGGAAUCACUGGAGAAUUUCGUGCCGGACGAGCAUCUGACACGCUUCAAACUGCGCAAAUUGAGGGAAGAUCCUGCAUAAAUAACCCUCAUGGACCCGCUGAUUUGUGCUAUGCUGGAAGCGGAGGAACUUCAACAACUUGUAGCGGCGACAGUGGAACACCUGUGGUCCUAGAAAUCAACGGAACAGUCAUGCAAAUCGGUAUUCACAAUGCUGGUUUAUGCACUUUGUCAACCAAAGGACCAGGAGCUUUUGCAAAUGGAGAUGCCCAGCCGGUUAUUGCAGGAGGAACCACAGUGACAGACAGAAGAACUAGACCAUACUUAGUGAGGCUGGAGGAUCCAUCCAGACACACUGCACACUGCACUGGAAGUCUCAUAUCUUUGACGUAUGUGCCA